AUGAAGUUUGCUUGCUGCAAUUUGACGACAGGUGUCGCUAGUGACUGCUUGUUGUGUACAAAGUGUGGUCACAAUUAUCACUUUAGAUGCUUACACCCAACCGAUAAACGUAAAGAAUUAUCACUGGAAUUAAAAAAACACUGGAUUUGUCCUGAAUGCACAAUAAAUCAACCCAGAACUGCGAGAAACGACAGUACACCAGUGCGAGUGCAGACCAAUGAAAGUAAUGUAAACUCGCGUAGAGGUGCUGCUUCUGGUAUAUAUGAGGAUUUUGUUUUGGAUUCUGCUGAUAAAACAUCUUUUAUUGUAUUGAUUAGAUCUAUAAUCUCAGAAGAAUUAGCCAGUUUAAAAGGUGAUUUUAAAACUUCUAUGUAUCCCAUUCAAGAAGAGUUAAAAACAUUUAAAAAAGAAUUUGAAAUAAUAAAAGUAAGUUUGGAUUUUAUAAAUUCAAAAUUUGAUGAAAUUAAUAAACGAAUUGAAUGCUGUGAAGGUGAAAUGAAUGUUUUAACUCAAAAAUGUAUGGAAAUCGGUAAGCUGUGCAGUUCUGUGGAAGAAAUUGAAUUUAAUAAUAAUAACCGAGAACAGUGGGCCCGAAAAUCUAAUGUUGAGGUUUAUGGGAUUCCAGAAAGAAAAAAUGAGAACCUGAUCUCGUUGUUACAAACAGUUUUUGAUAAAACACACUUACAAUUUAAUAUAAACACGGAUAUUGACUUCAUCACCAGAGUCGCUUCUAAAAAAAAACGAUGUGAAGAAAUCUAA